AUGAUUGUACCAGUUACCACAAGUGACAGUGCCGCUGCAAUCUCGACUACCACUCAUGUGGUACAGUUCAAUCUAGCUGCCCAAUUACCGAUCAAACUGCAAGUUAAACUCAAGGCGCAACUAGUGAUGCUACUCAAUGGACACAAUCUCCUUGAGCAUCUCACUAGUGCCAAAUUUGCUCCGCCAACCACUAUCACACAAACUGAUAGUACUCUCUCAAAUCUUGAAUAUGAGAUGUGGAGUCACACUCGCAUUUUUAGCUUGCGAGAUCAGUUGCAAAACUUGAAAAAAGUUUCCCAGACAGUUGCUACUUACCUACAGGAGAUCAGAUCAAUUGCUGAUGCUCUCAAAGUAGCAAGCUCUCCAGUGGCUGAUGAUGAACUAGCAGUCAAGAUCUUAAGUGGCCUAGGUCAUGAGUACCGUGAAAUCACUGCCGCUAUAAGAGCGCGUGACACAACCUUAAGCUUUAAGGAGCUAUUUCAGAAACUCAUGGACCAUGAACUCUUUCUCAAACAUCAAUAUAUUGAGAAAUCAUCCUCCAUCAUCAUGGUAGCAGUUGCACAAAGGACCAACUUUCAGCCCCAACAUCAGAAGAAUAAUCGCCGCUUCCCUAAUCAAUCUUCGAAACCACAAGAUCCAUGA